UGCCAGCGGCUGAGGAUCGCGGAGCUGGCGACCCAAGGCCUCAGCCUCUCCGAAAUCUCCCGCACCCUCAAGGUAUCAGCCGGCUGCGUCAGCAAAAUCCUGGGGGAGUUUUAUCGGACGGGGAGGGUGGACCCCAAAGUCAGAGUGGGGGGCAAGGCCCGGGUGGCCACCCCCGGUGUGGUGGCCAGGAUCGCCCAGUUCAAACUGGAACAGCCGGGGAGCUUCGCCUGGGAGAUUGGGAUGCGGCUGCGGGACGAGGGGGUGUGCGGCCAGGAUCGGGCCCCCAGUGUCUCCUCCAUCCGCCGGGUGCUGAGGACCCUUCCCCACGACCUGGGGGGCUUUGUGGGGGACACGGAGCCAUGGGUGUCCCCUUUUGCUGCCCCACAUCACUCACCCCCUGAAAAUGGGGCCACCACCUCACCGGGCACCCAGCACCCAAAAUCCUGCAGAGGGCUCCCAGCACCCAGCACCCAGUACCGGAGCAGGACCAGUUUCACCAGUGAGCAGAGCCAGGCCCUGGAGUCAGAGUUCCAGAGGGGACAAUACCCGGACGCCGUCACCAGGCAGAGAUUGGCCAUGGCCACCCAGCUCCCGGCCGCCACCAUCCGA